AUGGCACCCACAAAGACCAUUCCAAAGCCGACUGCAUUUGACGACAAACCUCUCGAGGAUAUCUUCAUUGCUGUUCUGGGUGAUUCACACUCGGCAAAAGCGUUCAUCAAAGAUGCCUCUGGCUCGGUCCCGUUGCCCAACACCCAGGUUAACCACAUGAACUUCUCAAUCCCUUUCCCACUCGAUGCCUACAACAUUCAACUUGUUCAAAUCAAUGAGUUCAAAGCUUCUGAUACUCAGAAUGAUGCUGACCUUUUAAAUACUCUUGCUGCUCUUGUUGCUACUCUCCAUAUGAGAGGGCAAAGUCUUCGUGGUAUUGUCUAUCUGCUGUCUUUGGCCAGCCCUCGCAUUGGUGGAGCAGCUAAAUCUAAUCUGGAUAUUCUCUCUAAGCUCUGUGAUAAAUCUGGCUUUAAGAAUACUGUCUUUGUUACUCCAAAGUGGAGCCACACCACCAUUAAGAGCUAUCCCAAUAGAGAGCUUCAGCUAAAGAGGAACUAUCUGGGGGAAUUUAUCACUGCUGGUGCUCAAUACUUUAGGCAUGAUGGCUCUACUAAAUCUGCUAAAGAUAUCUUGCAAGCUCUUCUCAAUGUUUCUUGGGUUCCAUUACAUCUCCAGACUGAGGUUGUUGAGGGUGGAAAGCUCAUUGUAAAGUCUGGGACUAGCCUGAAGCUUCAGAAUAAUCUUCUCACUAAGCUAAAGGAUGAGAUAGGGAAAAAAGAACUAGAGGAUGAGGAUGAUGAGGAUAACCAAGAUGAAAGGCAACUUUUCCAGGAUAGAUUUUUUCAGCUUCAUAUGGAGAAGAUAGAUCUGCUUUGGGGCUUGGCUGCAUCUUCUGAUAUAGAAGAGAAGUUUUCCAAGAUGAAGGAAUUAGUGUUGAGUUCAUCUUCAACAAAAAUCUUUAUCAGUGUUUUUGGAGACUCACAAUCAGCAACAACCUCAUUUAUUGAGCUACUUUCUGGAUCUGAAAUAGAUGGUACCAAUAGUGUACAGGCUUCAGCUGUGGUACCUUUCAGUGGAAAACACUACCGACUUGUGAACAUGCCCUCUUUCCAGGGGAAUGCAGGUGAAGCAGAUACUCUGAAUAAUAUUGCAAGUUACCUUGCAGCUCUAGUGCUUGGAGAUCACAAACUAGCUGGCCUGGUUUAUAUCUAUGAGGGCUCUUCUGCAUCUGGAAUUAAUCUUGAAAUGCUUGAACAGAUAGCUGGAACUAGGGCUAUGAGAAAUCUUGUUGUUGCAGCCCCUGCUGUGACUACCUCAGUCUUUAAGCCAUUUCUAGCUUAUGGGGCUGAAGUAAUCAAGUAUAAUAAGCAGUCAGAAACUUCUGCACAAGAGGUCAUCCAAGCUAUUUCAGAAAAGUCUGAUGAAUUUACAUCUGGGGUGCUCUUGCGAAUUCAACAAGAAGUUGUUCAUCACAAAAAACUUGUUGCAGAUACUACUGCAGGUCUUAAAGUUCAGGCAUUGCUUAUGGAGAAAACUCUGGGAAUUGAAAAGCAGCUGAAGGAUCUUUGGCAUAAGAAAGAUCAUCAUAAAGGAGACCAUGUCAUGAGAAAAGUGGAAAUCAAAACUUCUAUCUUGGAAUAUCAGAUUGCUUGCAUCAAACAGUCUGGCAGAUUUGGAGCUUUCAAAGACUUGCUGAUGGAGUUUGAAAAUAAUGUAUCUGUGGCUAAUGCAAUCAAGCAACUUGAGGCAGCAUUGAACAAGACUCCAAUUCACUUUCCUGGAAGAUUUCGCCCUUCUGGUCGCUUAGGCAACUUGUAUAAUGCCCAUUUUCAAGAAUUUGGAAAUGCUACAGACCUGGAGGGGGCUGUUAAAGCAUAUGAUGAAGCAAUCAAAAAUAUCCCAGCUGACCAUCCAGAUCUACCAGAGCUUCAGCUUGCUCUUGGCAAGGCUCUUGAACAGCGCUUUGAGAUUUUUGGGCAGCAGUCUGAUAUUUCAAAGGCUCUUGAUUCUUGUAGGGAAGCUGUUCAAUUGUACACCAACAAGAGUCCUAGAAAAAAAGCUCUUGCUUUGCAUGCUCUUGGGACUAUGUUUAGGCAGAGAUUUCAGCGUAUGAGAGAAACAGAGGACAUUGACAAUUCUGUUGAUUGUUUCAAUCAAGCAAUCUUCCAUCUUGAAGGUGUUAGUACUACUUCUGCUCAUGGAAUGGAUAUUGUCCUUGGUGAACUUUGCGGAUCACUUGUUAUGAGGGGAAAAAAUCGCAACUCUGCCUCUGAUAUUGACAAAGGAAUUGAUGCUAUCAACAAAGUGAUUCCUAGUUUAUCCAUUAAUCACCCAGCUUAUUGUAUGCUCAAAAAUCAAUGGUGUUCUGCUUAUGCAGAGAAAGCUAAAAGCUUGAGGAGCAUUACUUAUGCUACAGAAGCAAUCAUGGCAGGAGAAGAUGCAGUGGCUAAAUCAGGGCACAACACCCAAGAGGCUCAUUACUUGGCCAACCUUGGUACUGCAUAUUUCUAUCGCUAUGAACUUCGCACAGAGAAGAGAAAAACAAGUGAGGCAAAGUCGGAUCUUGAAGAUGCAAAAUUGUGUUUCAAAAGUGCAGCCUACUGUGAAAGUGCCAAUUUAUUUGUUAGACUCCAAGCUGCUAAGGAGUGGGCCAAGUGUACUUUUCUGAGGAAAAAACAGCCACUAAAAGCCUUCAAAUGUGGAAUUCAAUUUUUGCCCAGAAUUGCAGGACUUGCUUUACCCAUCAAAGAACAGCAUAGAAGACUGGGAGAGAUUGGAACUAUGGUUGGUGAUGCAGUGGCUGCUGCUGCAGAUGCAAAAGACUUUUCACUGGCAGUUGAGUGGUCAGAGCAAGGAAGAUCAAUUGUUUGGACUCAGCUUCUUCAACUGCGUACUCAGAACCAUGACCUUCAGAAACAGGAGCCCAAACUUGCUUCUGAGCUCCAGAGACUCUCUACCAUGCUUCAGAAAUUAGCCUUAGAGGAAGAUUCAUCUUCAAGUGCACUUGCAGGAUCUCUAAAUUUGGUUCCCAAGAAAGACCAUGUACUUCAAUCACCAGAAGAUCUGGCAGAAAAAUGGGAAAAAUUGGUGCUUUCAAUCCGUAAAAUUCCAAAAUUCCAAAAUUUUCUACUUCCCAAGAAAGUGGAAGAACUUCAAGCUGCAGCAAGCAUUGGUACUGUGAUAAUUAUCAAUGCUCAAGCAAAGCAGUGUGAUGCUUUGAUUCUUAGCAGAACUGCUCCAACUGAUCAUAUCAAAUUGCCAAUUACUCUUGGCAAAGCUAAGGAACUUCAAGAAGAUCUGGCCUCUCUGCUGUUGAACACUGGUUUGCUAUCUAGAGGAAUAUGGGAAGAUGCUAAGCAUGCUAUUGGCCAUGGAUAUAAAAAAUUUAGGGAAUUGCUGCCAGGUGGGGAAACUAAAAAUCAAGAUCCACUUGCACCUAUUCUACAAAUUCUCUGGGAGCAGGUCACAAUGCCAAUCAUCAAGAAGAUGAAAGCUCAGAAAAAGCUACCCCACCAGCUACCACACAUUUGGUGGUGUCCAUCUGGGCCAUUUGCAUUUCUACCACUUCAUGCAGCUGGAUCAUACAAUAAAAAUGAAGACUGCAUCAGAAACUACUUCAUAUCUUCCUACACACCAACUUUGUCUGCAUUGCUGUCUACCAGCACCUCAACUUCUUCUUCAGAAACUGUCAAGAUCUUGGCUAUAUCCCAAGCAAAUGCACAAGGACAAGCAGCUCUUCCAAAGACUGAGGAAGAAGUUGCAAAAAUCCAAACUCAUGCCAAGGGACUUUCUGUUAUAUCUUUGGGAGGAUCCCAGGCAACUGUUGACAGUGUUGCAAAAGAAAUGCAAGACUGCACUUGGAUACAUCUUGCCUGCCAUGGUGUGCAAAGAGUUGAUGAUCCACUCAAGAGUGCUUUAAUCCUUCACAAAGGAAAGCACCUAGAACUAAGGGAAAUUGUCAAGAUGAAUCUUCCCAAAGCCAGAUUUGCCUUUCUAUCUGCUUGUCAGACAGCUACAGGUGACAAACUGUUGACAGAUGAGGCUGUUCAUUUGGCAGGUGGGAUGCUCUUAGUAGGAUAUCAAGGUGUUAUUGCAACAAUGUGGUCAAUGAAGGAUGAUGAUGGUCCUGUUAUUUCUGAUUUAGUAUAUGCUGAACUUUUGAAGGAUGAGCAACCAGACCAUAAAAGGGCAGCAAAAGCACUCCAUAUUGCUGUUGAACAUCUUCGCAAAAAGGAAGGUGCACAAUUAUUACACUGGGUGCCAUUUAUUCACAUUGGUUUAUAA